AUGUUUCCUGUCUGGCUACUGAUUAUCUACUCUUCCAUUAUUCAAGUCUUCCCAGUGUUGUCUGCAAUAUAUCCCACCAGCAGCAAAGAACACAUUGAGGUACCUGAAAAUUAUGGUGGUUCAUUCCCACUGUAUCUGAAGAAGAUAAACAUCACACUCAAUGGGGAGGCUGACAUUCAGUUGGCUGGAAAUGAAGAAGGUCUAUUUGGAAUAGAUCCAGAGUCUGGCAUUCUCUACGUCAGUAGACCCCUGGACCGGGAGAAACAAGCUUUCUACACUCUUCAGGUGACUGUAAAAGAUGAAGACAAGCAGCUGGUUUUUAACCCUGUAACCAUAACAAUAGCAGUAAAAGAUGAAAAUGACAACAUGCCAGUCUUGACCGAGGAUAUGUUCUCUGGAAUUCUUAGCAAAGGGACAAAGCAAGGAACGUCUUUCAUGCGAGUCAGUGCUAUUGACCUGGAUGACCCUUCCACAUCAAAUGCUGAUCUACGGUAUAAAAUCCUCACUCAGACUCCAAGCCAACCCUUAGAGAAUAUGUUCCAGGUAGAUUCAAGGACAGGGGCUAUUUCAUUAUCUGCAGAAGGUAGCUCUUUGCUAGAUUCAUCCCAGGUCAGCAAUUAUAAACUAGUUGUGCAGGUUAAAGACCUAGGAAAUCAGUCUUUGGGAUAUCGUGCAUUAGCGAACGUUGAAAUUGCAGUUGUGGAGAACACCUGGAUAACCCCAAAUCCCGUUCUCCUUCAUGAACACCUAAAUGUAACUUAUCCAAAGAAGAUUUCAAAGGUUAACUGGAACAGCAGAGAAGUCCAUUACUAUCUGAAGGGGAGCUUUCCUCAAGGCCUUUUUUCAAUUGACCUAGAAGGGAAUAUCUAUGUGACACGAGCACUGGACAGAGAAAGCCAAGCAGAGUACAAGAUUCAGAUUUUUGCUGAGAACGAGGAUGGAAUGCUGUACAAUGAGCCACUAGAGCUCCUGCUAACAGUGAUGGAUGAGAAUGACAAUGGGCCAGUAUUCUCCCAGGAGAUUUAUCAGGUAGAACUUGAGGAGAACACAGCCAAAGGGAGUGAGAUUAUCACACUAAAAGCAGAAGAUGCUGAUGACCCAAAGACCAACAAUGCUAAAAUUGCUUAUGAGAUAUUGAGCCAGGAGCCUCAAGGGUCAGAAGGCUUUUUAUUUCAUAUUGGGAAAGAGAGUGGAGUGAUAACAUUACAGGAUUCCAAACUGAAGACCAAUGCUGCCAAGUACUAUCACCUCCUUGUUUUCGCAGCAGAUCUUGCUGGGACUGAAGGGGGUCUCAGCAGCACUUGUACAGUCUUGAUCAAAGUUGUGGAUGUAAAUGACAGCCCUCCUGUAUUCUCACAGACAAAGUAUGGGCCAUUCAGUUUUCCUGAGGAUACAGAAGUAGGUACCCUAAUAACAACCAUUACAGCAACAGACGCGGAUGAAGAGAUGAAGUUCAAGUUCGUAAACUUUUCUGUGGAAUCAGGAAAUGAAGAUGAAACUUUCAAAAUUCUAAGCAAUCCACAAAAUGGCACAGCCAGCAUCUGGCUUGAAAAGGAAUUUGACUAUGAGACUGUUCAGGAGUAUGUUUUGAUUGUCUCAGUGAGAAAUGAUGAAGAACUGGUUGGGAAAGAGCAGGAUGCCAGCUCUACAGCUACAGUGCAUGUGUUGGUUAAGGAUGUAAACGAAGCACCAGUGCUUACACAGAAAAGGUAUGAGGUCAGCAUACCAGAAAGCAUAGCGUUGGGAACAGUGCUACUGACUGUUAAGGCUACUGAUCCUGACAUCCACACACCAUCAUUAAGUUACUCUCUAAGGAAUGAUUCAAUGAACUGGAUUUCCAUUGAUGAGCAUUCUGGAGAAGUUAGAGUCAUGCAGGCUUUGGACAGAGAAAUGAUGCAGGAUGUUUACACAGUGCAGGUUAUUGCUGAGGACAAAGGUAGCCCAUCAAUGAUGGUCACUGCUGAUAUAGCAAUCCACAUCUUGGAUGUCAAUGACAACUCUCCAUUCCUAGUAGGAGACUACUCCAAAUCCCAUCUCUGCACACCUCAGAGGGAAAAGCAAUCUAUCAUUAUCAGUGCAUUUGAUCUCGAUGGGGCAGAAAACAGUGUCCCAUUGAUUUUUGCUCUUGCCAAUAGCCCCAUGCUUCAGAGAAACUGGAGGAUCAACUUAAUCAAUGACACACAUGCUUAUCUCACCAUGAGAAUCAGUUGGCUGGAACCCAAAGUGCACCUUGUUACCAUUAUCCUGAAAGACAGUGGGACUCCAUCUAAAGCCCAACACAUUCAACUACCAGUGACUGUUUGCUUGUGUACCAUGGAAGGAGAAUGCAUGCAAGAGGUUGGAAGGAUGGAAGGGAAGCCUACAGUGAUUUCUGCAGUGAGCGUUAUCGUUGGUACCUUGGGAACAAUAGGUUUCUUUGUGCUCAUAAUCUUUGUUCAUUUGACCCUCCUGGGAGCUAAUAAAAAGAAGAAAUGCAAAGCUUGUGACAACCUUUAUAGUCCAUAG